CAAUCUCCCUCAUUUUUUCCUUCAAGUCCCAUGAUGGCCAACAUUCACUUGGGACAUUCUGUCCAACUUUUUCGUAAAAGUACACGAAUGGGAUAAAAUAUUUUAUAAAUUCGCCAUUCCAACAAUUUUAAUUGUCUGUUCUUGUGGUGUAACAGUAACAACUAGAGUGAAUACUCGACCCACAUUUUAUGAAAAUAGCAAUAUUACUGCAAGUAUGUCUUAGCUGACGAUUACUUUUAGAAACUUCUUUUUUUGAACACAUAUACAAAGUGGCAAAACUCCCGAAACGUUAUUCACGUGGAGACGACUCACUAGUCUGUACAAUACAAACUUUAACAAACAACAACUUUAUAAUUCUCUUAAAUUACACGCUAUAUGUUUAGCUGAGCAACCCCAGUAACAAAGACUUGAGCCCAUCUGGAAAAUACAAACCAGUCGAGAAUCUGCGGAUGCGUUUUUUUGCCACUUUCACGGGGAAUAACGACACAGACGUCUACAAUGCGAUUGAAAACAUCGCUACUGAAGGAACCUAAACAUAAAGAAUUAGUAAGCUGCGUUGGCUGGACCACGGCCGAUGAGUUGUACUCUUGCAGUGAAGACCACCAGAUCCUCAGGUGGAACCUUCUGACCAGCGAGACCAGUCUGGUGGUCAAAUUGCCAGAGGACUUCUACCCCAUUGACCUGCACUGGUUUCCCAAGACGGUUGGGGGCAAGAAGCAAACGCCGGCUGAGAUUUUUGUUCUGACCAGCACUGAUGGGAAGUUCCACCUUGUGUCCAAGACGGGGCGCAUUGAGAAGAGUGUUGAGGCGCACAAAGGAGCCGUUUUAGCAGGCAGGUGGAACCAUGAUGGGACUGCCCUCAUCACAGCUGGAGAAGAUGGGCAGAUCAAGAACUGGUCCAAAAGUGGCAUGCUGCGUUCGACACUAGCCACCCAAGGGUCUCCCGUGUAUUCUGUGGUAUGGGGCCCAGAUUCCGAGAGGAUCCUCUAUACAUCAGGUCGACACCUGGUCAUAAAACCUCUGCAACCCAGCGCUAAAGUCAUACAGUGGAAGGCGCACGAUGGGGUCAUUCUGAAAGUGGACUGGAACUCAGUCAAUGACCUCAUACUGUCGGGAGGAGAGGACUGUAAAUAUAAGGUGUGGGACAGCUUUGGCCGCUUGCUUUACUUCUCGCUGGCGUAUGACUACCCAGUCACCUCUUUGUCCUGGGCUCCAGAUGGAGAAGUGUUUGCCGUGGGCUCCUUCAACACUCUGCGACUCUGUGACAAAACUGGGUGGUCCUAUGCUUUGGAGAAACCCAACACGGGCAGUGUGUUCAGCCUGGCCUGGUCUGCUGACGGCACGCAGGUGGCUGGGGCCUGCGGGAAUGGCCAUGUCAUCUUUGCCAAUGUGGUGGAGCAGCACUGGGAGUGGAACAACUUUAUGAUCACCCUUACCAAGAGGAAAACCAUGCAGGUGAGGAACGUGAUGAACGAUGCGGUGGACGUGUUAGAGUUCAGAGAUCGAGUCAUCAAAGCCUCGCUGGCUUUUGGGCACCUCGUAGUCGCCACAUCCCUUCAGUGCUACAUCUACAACACACGGAACUGGAACACUCCCCUCAUAUUUGACCUGAAGGAGGGAACAGUCAGCCUCAUUCUGCAAGCAGAGAGGCAUGCUCUUCUGGUGGACGGGGCAGGGUUGUAUAUAUUCUCCUAUGAGGGCCGACUCAUCUCCUCCCCUAAAUUUCCCGGUAUGAGGGCUGACAUGCUAAAUGCUCAGUGUGUCUCUCUCAGUAACGACACCAUCGCCAUCCGUGACAAGAGUGAUGAAAAAGUCAUCCUUCUCUUUGACGCCUUGACCGGGAAACCUCUUGGUGAUGGGAAGUCUUUGACUCAUAAGCUGGAGGUGGUGGAGAUAGCUCUGGAUCAAUGCGGCCCGUCCACCGAAAGGAAGAUCGCUUUGAUCGACAAGAAUCGCGACCUUUACCUCACUUCUGUGCGUUACCUCGGACGUGAGCCCAAAAUCUGCAAAAUUGGUAGCAUGAUUCACAGCAUGGCCUGGAACAAUGCGGCAAACAUCCUGUGUGGUGUCCAAGACAAUCAGUUCACAGUGUGGUACUACCCGAGUGCUGUCUUCAUCGACAAGGAGCUGCUUCCCAAAACACUUUACACAAAGGAUGGCAGAGCACACUGUUACAGUUUUGUGUUGACGUGCCUCCUCCUCUCACUUCCAAGCGAAUUCAGCCAUGCACCCCACAUUCUAAGCUAUGUGGACACCAAGGUUCGAUUGCGACAAAGAGACGGUUCCUUGCUUUACACCAGCGUGCCUCCAUACGCCGUGCUACUCCACGAAAACAGCAGCUCAGCACGCUGGGAGGACGCACUUCGCCUCUGCCGCUUUGCCAAGGAACAGUCUUUGUGGGCAUGUCUGGCUGCCAUGGCGAUAGCCAACAGAGAGCUGACCACAGCGGAGAUGGCCUACGCUGCCAUUAGAGAGUUACCGCGAGUGCAUUACAUCAAUUUCAUCAAGCAACAGCCGUCCAAGGAGUCGUCUUUGGCCCACCUGCUGCUGUUCAGCGGGCAGGUCCAAGAGGCAGAGGCCACUCUCUUACAAGCUGGACUUAUCUAUCAGGCCAUACAAGUCAACAUUGAUCUAUUCAACUGGGAGAGGGCGCUUGAGCUGGCAGUCAAACACAAGACCCACGUAGACACCGUGCUGGCCUAUCGGGAGAAGUUCCUGCUGACAUUUGGCAGGAAAGAGACCAAUAAGAGGUUCCUGCAAUACGCAAAAGGGGUUGAGGUGGAUUGGGAAAAAAUCCAAGCCAAGAUCGAGAUGGAGUUGUCCAAGGAAAGAGCGAAAGCUGCUAACGCGUCUGUCAGGAGCAGCUUGGUCCAGCGACGUUAAUUGUCAAAAGGAACCUUCUUAUUUCCUUCAAGAUAAAAAAGGCACGGGCUGUCGAGUAAAAAAAACAAGAGCCCAAUUUUUUCUGACUGCUAUCUAACAAACUGGGGGGAAAAAAACAACUGACAUGCAAAACUGGACAUGAAUGAUUAUUUUCCAGUCUGAAGCUUCUCUUUGAAUUCAUUGUAUUUGUAAUACAGCCCCAGUACGAUGGGCACGCACAGACAUUUGCACAUGUCACCUACUCAUGACAUUUCCGCAGGAAAAACAGCAUUGUAGCCUUCCUCUCAUAUCACAUCCGAUAUUUCACACUCGUCAUUGAUCUUAACAGUCUGUCAUUUAGUAAGUUAAUCGUGUUUGGAAUGUGUUUAUAGAAUAUGAAGAAACAAAACAAAAAAAAUGUGUUACUUCUUUAUUUUCCCUGUAUUCUGGCAUGUAAUUCCUAUAUUUUUUAUUUUUUAUAUUCGGAAUAUAAUAAUAAUCUUCAUCUUUAACAAAUAUUUAACAAUAAAGGUGCCCACGUGCUCUUUUUUCCACA